AUGCCAUCUCGCCAUGACUAUCGAAUUGGAUGGAUAUGCGCGCUUCCAGUGGAGCUGGCUGCGGCACAGGCUAUGCUGGAUGCAACACAUUCCUCGCUGCCAAACGUCGAAGGAGAUAGAAAUGUUUAUAUCCUUGGAAGCAUCGGCGGCAAUAAUGUCGUUAUUACAUGCCUACCAGCCGGAAUAUACGGUACAAGCGCUGCGACCGCGACCGCGACGCAAAUGAGAUUCAGCUACCGGUAUAUCUUGUGCUGUCUUCUCGUCGGGAUCGGAGGAGGUGCCCCAAGCCUCGAGUCGGACAUUCGACUAGGUGAUGUUGUGGUCAGUGAGCCGACGCUGCAAUGUGGGGGAGUCAUUCAAUAUGACCAUGGGAAAGCCGUUGAUGGGGGUCACUUUGUCCCGACAGGAACAUUGGAUCCACCCCCAGACGUGUUCUCGAAGGGGCUUGCUCGGCUGAAAGCCCAUAACAUGGUGCAUGGAAGUCAGGUCAGCAUAAUCCAUACGAGAACACUGAAUCAUAAUCCACGCCUGCGAGAAAUAUUUGCGUAUCCCGGUGGGCAGUAUGAUCGGCUGUUCGUUGCGGACUACAGCCACAUAGGCUCAAGCUCCCAUUGCGAAGGAUGUGACUUGUCAAUGUUGCAGCCUCGCCACUGUCGACCUGAUGAUGAACCUCGGAUCUUCUACGGUUUGGUAGCCUCGGGGAACAAGGUUAUAAGAGACGCAAAAAUGCGGGACCAGCUUGCACAAGAUCACGGCAUCAUCUGCUUCGAAAUGGAAGCUGCUGGCUUGAUGAACACAUUUCCCAGUCUCAUUGUUCGAGGAAUAUGCGACUAUUCUGACUCGCACAAAAACAAACGGUGGCAGGGAUAUGCAGCCAUGAUGGCCGCUGCGUAUGCCAAGGAGUUGAUACAAUUUCUCCCCUCAGGUGAGCUGGAGGAUCCCGAACAAGUGUUUAAGACCCCCCAUAUUCGGACCAAUCGCCAGGCUCUAGGGGAUUCUAUCUCAACCUUUUCUCCUGGUCUCUCCCCCCUGCGCCCGAAUGACAUUCCGGACCCGGUCCAAACUACGUUGCCCGAACCAAGAACCUCCAAUACCUCCACGAUAGAAGUCAGUCCCGAUCGAGAAGGUGAUCAUGAGUUUGUGCCAUCACCUAAGUCAAGCAAGUCCAGUGAAUUGCAUUCCAGGGAAGAGCCCCAAGCUCUCGCCGAUUCCCUCUCGCGGGACCCGAUCAGUGCAUAUCUCGAUGAUUCCGACAGCUCUGACAGUAGCAACCAUACUCUACAGCCCAGAUACACAGAGAGGUCAGGCGACAGAAAAGGCUCAGAGACCAGUUGUCGUCUUGACAGCUACGCGGAAAAUGAUCAUCAUUAUGUCGUCUUUUAUCACGUCAAAUGUUCCAGAGAUGGAGUUCAUGCAAACCACAAGGAGCUGGCCGUGUACCUCGACCAUCCGCGGCUAUUCAAAGGCGAUAGCAAGAUGAGUGCACUGAGGGGCCAAAAAGAGAUUGAAGACGUUCCCAAAUUUCUCAAGCACCAAGAAAAGGUUGUCUUCAUAGUCAACAAAUGGCUUAAGUGUGUCGAUCAUCUUGAUACGGCUGAAGAAUUCUUCCAUCCCUUGCCAACGCCAAAUGACCCUGAAAUUCCCGAAUCAGUCAAGCCGUACUUUUUCGUUCUUCCGAAGCACAGUUCACUUGCCAGAAUAUCCUACGAAACCAUGGAAUUAGUUUCCGAGACACUCCGAGCCGCAGUCGCUCAUGAGAUGGGGAUGGAUUACCAUCAGCUCGCACAUCUUGAUCAAUCGCCCAAUAGGAAAUUGUUUAAGCGUCUUAUGUACUACGCCAGUCGGUCGGAAAACCGUUCAAGCUUUCUCGCACAUGACGACCGGCUUCUUUUUGACAUCCUGCUGGGGUACAUGGAAUCGACUAACUCAAAAGAGUACGAAGAGGUGGAUAGACUCCUUCCAGAUGGGCUCAUCAACGAAAAAUAUCUGCUUAGUCUGUACGGUCCCAGGCAAAUCUUGGUAUCCAACGUGGAUGAGCACCCUCGAGCUUAUAUGGUGGAACGUGCGCUCAUUAACAGAGGAUCAAUAACUUUAAAGCUAUGGUUCUGGCAGUUUAAUGGUAUAUUCUCAAGAGAGACACUGGAAUGGAACCUAGAAUGGUCAAUUUCCAUGCCACCAGAUCGACCAAUUAUUAUCGCUAGUCUGGAGUUAUACCCUCUGAAAUAUGCUUGUUCUUUGACGCUCAAUCGCCUGAGGACCAGGGGUCGUAUACUUUGGAACUGUCGUCGUGCCCGACUCGUAGCAUACGAUUGCCCAAGCGCCGGUACAGGUAUGCAUGAGCGCGAUUCACGGUUCAUGGUCGAUGCAGAAACCUAUCAGAAAGUGCAUGGCGUUCCUUCUGAUUUCUUUCCGGAGCAGCCUGUUUUUAGUCAUGAUACAAUGCAAAACGACGAACCACCCCAUGAUUUUGCUCUACUACUCCCACACGAAAUACAUGGAUUCGGGCUCAGUGACAAAAAGUGGAGAACUCUACUCGUGGAGCACAUCAAGGACAUUAAUUGGAAUGAAAGAGCAUUUGACCGACUUGUUCUGUCGCACGGUAAGAAAGAACUUAUCAAGGCCUUGGCUACAUCCCACACACAGUCUGCCGGGUCGUCUGAUAUCAUCGAGGGCAAAGGGAAUGCCCUUGUCAUGUUGUUUCACGGCUGUCCUGGAACAGGUAAAACAUUAACCGCUGAGGCUGUGGCCGAACUGACCAGGAGACCAUUGUAUCGAUUGAAGUGUGGAGAUAUUGGAACGGGCGCGGAGGCAGUUGAGAAGCACCUCGAGUCUGUUCUACUGAUGUGCAGUGCGUGGGGUUGCGUCGUGCUUCUUGACGAGGCAGAUGUAUUUCUCGAACAGCGUCGCGAGACCGAUUUACAACGAAAUGCGUUGGUAUCCGUCUUUCUGCGUGUCCUUGAGUACUAUGAAGGCAUUCUUAUUCUCACCACAAAUCGUGUCGGGACAUUGGAUAGUGCGUUCAAAUCGCGCUUCCAGUUAGCAGUUCAUUACCCGACACUGGACUUCCAAGGCAGAUACGAGAUCUGGUUGAACUUCAUCAACGAUCUCAGUAAAACGAAUUCCGACGUUAAUAUUGACGAUCUCAAAAGCCAUAUCCAAGAGCUUUCUGCAGUUGAACUCAACGGAAGGCAGAUCCGCAACACUGUUAGCACAUCUUUGCAUCUGGCGCAGUUUUGCCAGACACCCCUCAACUAUGAGCAUUUCAAGCAGAUCAUUGGGGUGACAGAGGAGUUUGAAAAGCAUUUUGAGUCUACCCGUGGAUAUUCGGAUAUAGACUGGGCUGGAGAUCGUGGAAUCUAA